AUGCUUUGUCCAGGAUCUCUUAACAAAUUUGGACUUCACGUCUUGCUCCGGUUCCACUCAGUGGCAUAUCUCCAGCAAAUCUGGUGGUUUGAAGUCGACGGUGAGGUGGAGUUUCCAUUUCCGGCGGGAUCUUACGCCGUCUUCUUUAGACUGCACUUGGGUCGUGUCUCCAAGAGAUUUUACGGUCGAGUUUGCAACUCCGAGCACGUUCACGGGUGGGACAAAAAACCGGUGAGGUUUCAGCUUUCUUCGUCGGACGGCCAGCAAGCGACGACGGAGUGUUACUUGAGUGAACACGGGAAAUGGGUUUACCACCACGCCGGAGAUUUUGUUGUGUCGGAUUCUGGGAAAACGUUGAAACUGAAAGUUUCCAUGACUCAGAUUGAUUGCACGCACACGAAAGGCGGCCUUUGUGUAGAGUACUCUCUUCUUGGUCAAAAGAUCCUGGACAAAGCAUGA